AUGGAGAAGGAGGCAAGCCAGUUGGAGAAGGACCAUGUCCAUAGUGUGUAUGAGAAAAUUGCUCCUCACUUCCAUGAUGCACGCUACAAGGCUUGGCCAAAGGUACAACAGUUCCUUUCAGAUCAGGAACCAGGCAGCCUGAUUGCUGAUAUUGGCUGUGGAAAUGGCAAAUACCUUCAUAUCAAUUCUCAAACCUAUAAGCUGGGCUGUGAUUACUGCUUCCCUUUGGUGGAGUCAGCACGAAAUGAUGGCCAUGAAGUAAUGGUGUGUCAUAGUCUGUGCCUGCCAUAUCGGAAUGAGUGUUUUGAUGCUGUCUUAUCCAUUGCUGUGAUCCACCAUUUUUCAACAAAGGAGCGGCGCGUGCGAGCGAUAAAGGAGAUGGCUCGCACCUUGAGAGUAGGUGGCCAGAUGAUGAUAUACGUGUGGGCAAUGGAGCAAAAACGGCGAAAAUUUGAAAAGCAGGAUGUCUUUGUUCCUUGGAAUCCUUCACCACCUUCCUGGACCUUGAGUAACACUUGUUUGCGUGGAAUACAGAAAUCAAUUAAUCAAAAGGACAAAAGGCUGGCUUUGGACCAACACUCCCCAAAGUUAGCUGGCACUUUAAAAGCACACAGGCAAGCAAGAAGCUCAUCCUUUGUGGGGGAGAAGGAAACCACACACAACUUAUUUGAAAAAUCCCUGAGAUGGUCUCUCUUUUCAAGAUCACUUGAUUCAAUAUUGGACUUGAGUAAUCAGUGGCACCAAAAAGAGCUUAGCACAUUUUCCAAUGGCAAUAUUCAGCUGGAUGAAUUAAACAGGGGAAAGCUUUUUGAAAAAAUCAGGCAAGGUGGCUUCAUGAAGCAUAUUUCCAACUUGUCUUUGCGUUGCAGGCAGAAUUCUGAAGAUAAUGCUUCUGAAGUAGCUGUAGAACCAGGGUCACCUAUGAUAUGUCACCCAGUGCCUUUCAAAAGUUGUUAUACAGAAUUAGGCCAGGACACUAAGCAGCCCCCAGUGUCUCCAGCUAUAAUUCAUGACUGCAGCAGAGUGUGUUUACCUGACCUGGUUUCCCAUCAAAAAGAUGUCAAACAGCAACUUAAAAUAGAUUAUCACCCAAAACAAUCAACUUUCCACCAACUCCAAAACAGAAGGAAAACAGACAGCUCUCUACAGGAUACCAAUAAUUAUUGUUCCAUGGCCACAUGGAACAAACAGCCGCAAAGGAGUCCUAAUGGGGCUUGUCUUAGGUACUACCAUGUUUUUAAAGAAGGGGAGUUGGUUGAACUGAUAGAACAUCAUGUUCCUGAGCUACAUAUUAUUCAUUCAUACUUUGACCAUGCAAAUUGGUGUGUGAUUGCAGAAAAGAUUCACGUGUGGAAGAUCUAG